GCUCUCGGUGCGGUCGAGGGAUGGCUCCCUAUUGGUCAGCCGUGUUGUGCGUGAUGAUGAUGAUGAUCUGGCGAUUGUUGCUCACUCACUUGCCGUGCCUUUACUCUAGCAAAGCAUAGAGGAUUUCAUCGGUAAAAUGAUCGCGCAAGGCAGAGAAGGCAACUGGAAGGACGUCGAGAGGGAGUUGCCAGAGUUGCGAGAGUGGAUCGGCAAAACUCCCUCCCUUUUCCUGCACGAGCUGAAGAGGAGGAAUGUGGUUACAGAAGAGGAGUACUGGAAGGCGUUUACAAUUCCCGACGCCGCCAAGCGCGAGGACUCAAUCCUGUUUCCGGUCAUGAGACGAGGGGAAGGCAAACGCCGAAAGCUGCUGGAGAUACUCAAACAACAGCGGAGCAGAGAACGGCAUUUUCUGGAUAUGCUGAAGACGAGCCAUUUGUGCUCGCCCACUCUGAACCCCAACUCGGCACAUCGACAGCUUCAAGUUUCUGCCGAUCUCAGCACAGUGACGUGGACCCAGGAAGAGCAGCCUUACUCUGAUCAUGCAGAAAGGUUUGAACAGUGGGAAAUAGUCCUCUGCUUUGAGACCUUUACGUCGGGUGACCACUACUGGGAAGUGGACGUGAGAGCCUCGGAAAACUGUUGCAUAGGCGUUGCACGUGGGUCAAUUCCUCGGAAUUGUCAAGAAAAGUCUGGCAGGCUGGGCUGGAACGACUCCUCUUGGGCGUUCGUUCAAUGGGAUUUUAAUUUCAAAGCAGCACAUGACAAACAACGCAAAACCAUUACAGAUGUUCAGCUUUUGGAGAGAGUCGGCGUUCGCUUGGACUUUAACGCAGGAAAACUUUCGUUUUACAACGCCAACACCAUGGAGCUGUUGCACUCAUUUGAUGACAUUCCAAGUGAGCCGCUCUGUCCGGCUAUGCAGAUGAAGUCGGGCUCAGUCACGAUUUACGAAGCUCAAUCAUUCAAGAACCUGACUGUCGAUGAGAGCAGAGAAGACAUUCAGAUUUGUGAUCACUUUGCAAAUGGUGGAGUUAAUCGCACACACAACACCGAUGCAGAGAAGGGUGACAGCAAAGAUGCAUUGCUCAGAACGACGACAGAGGAACCUCCGGUGGCACGAGAGUUGAUUGGUAGGAUCCCUGCAAUGCUACAUCGCGAGUUGCUCGUCCAGGGUCUCAUCACGCAGUCCGAGCUCUCAGAAGUCUAUUCGAUACCCCGCGCGUCAGCACGAGCUGACUUCAUCAUCAGCCGUCUCGAUAGCAAGCAGGAAGAGAGCCCGCAACUCAAAGGAAUUCUGCAUCAACAUUGUGAAAAGCAAGAGGCAUUCCUGAAAAUGAGGAGAGAAUCGAGCACUUGCUCGCCGACUCUGAACCCAAACACGGCACAUCGGAACCUCCAGAUUUCUGCCGACUUUAAAACCGUCAGGACCUCCACACGCACCCAACCUUACCCUGACAACUCAGACAGCUUCGACCUCUACCAACCGGUCAUUUGCUCUGAGAAAUUCUCAUUGGGUCAUCACUACUGGGAGAUGGACGUGAGAGGUUCUGAGAAAUUCAACAUCGGUGUCACCUAUGGCUCAAUACCACGGAAAGCUCAAUCAUUCAAGAACCUGACUGUGGAUGAGAGCAGAGAAGACAUUCAGAUUUGCGAUCACUUUGCAAACAGCAGAGACCAUCGCACAAACAACACCGAUGCAGAGAAGGGUGACAGGAAAGAUAUAUGGCUCAGAACGACGACGGAGGAACCUCCGGUGGCACGAGAGUUGAUCGGUAGGAUCCCUGCAAUGCUACAUCGCGAGUUGCUCAUCCAGGCUCUUAUCACGCAAUCCAAGCUCUCAAAAGUCUAUUCCAUACCCCGUAAGUCAGCACGAGUUGACUCCAUGAUAAGCCGUCUCGAUAGCAAGCAGGAAGAGAGCCCGCAACUCCGAGAGAUUCUGCGUGAACAUCGUGAAAAGCAAGAGGCAUUCCUGAAAAUGAGGAGCGAGUCGAGCACUUGCUCGCCGACUCUGAACCCAAAUACGGCACAUCGGAACCUCCAGAUUUCUGCCGACUUUAAAACCGUCAGGACUUCCACACACACCCAACCUUACCCUGGCAACUCAGACCGGUUCGACCACUACCGAGUGGUCAUUUGCUCUGAGAAAUUCUCAUCGGGUCGUCACUACUGGGAGGUGGACGUGAAAGGUUCUGAGAAAUUCAUCAUCGGUGUCACUUAUGACGCGAUACCACGGAAAGGUGAUGAUGAAGCCUGUAAAAUUGGGUGUAAUGAAGUUUCUUGGUGCCUUAAGAAAUGGGGCAAUGCCUACAAGGCGGUACAUAACGGGAUGGAAACAAAACUGUUGGUGCGAGAUGCUCCCAAAAGAGUCGGGGUUCACGUGGACUGGGAGGCGGGCGUCUUGUCAUUCUACAGCGCCGACUCCAUGUCGCUGCUGCAUCGAUUUCACGAAAAAUUUGAUCGAGAGCUGUACCCUGCAAUGGCCGUGCUGCGUAAAAGUCUCUCAAUAUGCCCGUUGCCUUACUUAGACGCUCGUUGUUAGAGAUGAGAGGCUCCUAUUCGAGGUUUGGUAAAUGCGCGGUUGGUAAAGUUAGAGGGGGCCUAUGGGUUGUAGGGGGUUAGGGGAACCACGGGUGUGGGUAGACUCGUCAUAGCUUAACUAAGGUGCCUGUUCAUUAACUAAACUAUGUUACAUUAUGAAUAAAAAAUGUAUAAAGAUAACAUAAACUUCGAUUUAAAGCUUUCGUGACUGCAAUGACUCAUCUUCUUUGGUUCUUUCGG